AUACAUAUAUUUAUUUUUGAUUAAUAUUCAUAAAUAAAUAACAAAUAUAUAUUUAUUUUAAAGUAACCAAAAAUCGAUUGUUUUAGAUGAAUAAAAAGCGACUAUGCCGUAAGGGGUUUCUGAAUGUAUUUGAAGAUUCUUCGUCCCGGAAGUUACUCCAGAUCCCUUCAGUGAUGACGGAGAAUACGGAAGUGACAAGGAUUAUGAUCCAGAACCUAUAAAUAUUCAUAGCGACAGCCCACUAACGCCCGAACCCAUUAACCUAUCUAAAUCCAUAAUCCACCAUCUGAGAUAAAAAUCUCAAUCCAAAUGUUGUAUAAAGUGUGCCACUAACCAAUCGACGGAUUGUAAUAGUCAUCUGGCGAUACAAGCUAUCCAUGUGAGGUCCGAUCGGUGUCUGUGGAUAGACCUUUGUAUGAAAAUGACAGUUCAGCUGUGCCAAUAUUCAUCUUAAAGUUUUUACAUAUUGUUUGACGGGUGAUUGCAGAUUGCAUUUGCAAUCCCCCAAUUAUCUCGGAUUACUGAUGAUAAAAAUAUGGCCUUACAAUUAAUAUAUUCAAGUGAUAGCGAUAGUGAUAGUGAUCUGGAAGUUUUAGGAUUAUUAUCAGAUUCGGAAAGUGAUGAUUCCAUCAAUAACGGACCAAGACCAAGACCAAGGCGGAUAAAACGAAUAAAUUUUAUGCAUAAUCUAAACGAUACCGACUUCACUUUUAGAUUUAGGUUAAAUAAACCUGCAGUGGAGUUACUUUUGACCUAAAUUAUGCCCUUUGUACGAGUAACAUCGAUGCGAAAUAAUGGCGUGCCACCACUACAUCAGCUUUUAUUGACGCUGCGGUUUUAUGCAUUGGGCACAAUGCUAAUUUCUGUGGCUGAUUUCAUAGGCGUUUCCAAAUCUUCUGCAGGCAGAAUAGUGCGGGACAUAUCCGUCGCAAUCGCCAGAUUGUACGAUAAAUAUUUGUAAAUUGUAAUGCACCAACAAGGUGCAGAUAAAUUUUAUUCAAUAGCACAAUUUCCUCGGGUUCUUGGUGCUAUUGACUGUACUCAUAUUCGCAUUCAAUCUCCAUGUCUAACUAUUGGAGAGGAAUUUAGAAAUAGGAAAAACUAUUUUUCAUUGAAUGUCCAAGCAGUUUGUGAUGCAGAUUUGAGACUAAUGAAUGUGGUUGCUCGUUGGCCUGGCUCAACACAUGAUGCCACCAUUUUUAAUAACUCUGUCUUGAGAGCCCAAUGUGAUUCAGGAGCAUUUGGUAAUCGAUGGUUGCUUGGUGAUAGUGCAUAUCCUAAUAGAAACUAUUUAUUGACACCAAUAUUAAGUCCCGUUUCUGAUCAUGAACAGAGAUACAAUUAUGCUCAAAUAAAAACAGAAAUACCAUUGAAACGUAAGACUUUUGUAGUGUGGAAGCGCCGCUUCCCUGUAAUAGCCCUAACCCUGCGAUUAUCGCUUCGAACUGUUCAAGCUGUCAUUAUUGCUACAGCAGUUCUCCACAAUAUCUGUAGAAGUUAUAAUCUGGCAGAAGUUUCUCCAGAAGUUGAGUUGCCGCCCACUGAUAUUGCAGAUAUAUCAAUGAAGGACCACAAAAUGCAGGAGUACAUGAUAUCAGACAGCGAACUGAUUUAGUAUUAAUUACUUUAGAAAUUAGGGUCAAAUUAUUUUUAUUGUAAAUGUUAAAUAAUACACAUAUAUUAUAAAAUAAUAGUUUUAUUUUGUUCUUAUACUAUAUACAAGUAUAUAGUAAAAAUACAAGUUUAAAAAAUAGUUCGGGAUCUUUCUUAUAUUUCCUAGGAAGUACAGCGAAUGGGGUUACAGUUGAGCUUCUUCUACGUCUUUCCCUAUUGUAGUAUGAAUAACUAUGUACAGUAAAAGCUCUUUAUUCGCGGGGUAUAUGCCGC